CUCACUGACUCUGGACUGUACUACUGUGAAGUGUCUGCUGCCUCCUCCUCUCCCUACAUCACUACCAGCAGCUUAGGACAAAGUCAACAGCAGCACAUAACUGUUACAGAAUCUGCUUCUGGGUCAGGCAAUACUGCUGCUAUUGCUGUUGCAGGGAUGGUCAUAGUUUUAAUUGUUGUUGCAGUUGCUAUCACUGUAAUAGUUGUACUACUCAAGACUCACCAG